CCUGUACCGCCCGUCUAUUUAAGUCCCGCCUUUCUCUCUUGGCUGUCAUUCCCUCUUUGACAAUCAACACACAUCAAUCAUGGCAUUUCCCGCCGAUGGGACUCACUUGAGAGAAGAUGACGGUCCGACGGGCACAGCUGACCCUGCCCCCCCUGUCGACGCGCAGCAGCAGCAGCAGCAGCAGCAGCCGCAGCCGCUAUCGCAUCCGCAAGGACCACCUCAACCACAAUCCUCGGAAGAGUUGCGUGCGUUCAAGACCCAGCUUAUGGCACUAGAGGCGGAGAAUCGUCGGCGGUUGACGGAGCAUCGACCGGCCGAGAGGCAGGCACAACAACAGCAGCAGCAACAGGCAGAACAAGAGAAGCAGCAGGCAGAACAACAGCAAGAUCAAUACCAAGAAGAAUCAGAGCAAUCACCGCAGCCACAACAGCCAGUACAACAGAUACAUCAACAUCACGGCCCCUGGGGGAUGUCUCAGCUCCAGUCUCAGCUUCAGGACUUUCGGUUGCAGCAGGCCUUGCUGGAGAGGCAGCGCCAGAUGAUUCUAGCUCGGUUAGCGGAGCAGCAGCAGCAGCAGCAGCAGCAGCAGGAGCAAGGGCAGCACGGAGACCCCAAUGUCCCCGGCAGUCCUGCGGUCAAAGAAGAAGAAUCGGUCGGCGAUGUCCCCAGCCCCAACCGCAAGGUCCCUGUUCAUGUCCUCCAGGAUUAUCAGCUUGGGCUCACACUGCAGCACCGGCGCGUGCAGCUGCAGAGCGCCUACCGGCAGUCGCGGGUCGAGCACCUGCUGGCCCGGCAGGAGUCUAUGGAGGACAGCUACGCGCAACUGCUGCUGUGGCGUCUCGAGCGGCCCUCGCCGCGCACGGAAGACGAGGCGGAGAUAUUGACGGACCUGAAGCGACUGCUGGAAGCCGGGUUGGUGGCGAUUCAGGGCGCCAUGCAGGAGCCGCCGACCGUCGAGCUUACCGACGGAGACCGGCAGCUGGAUCUCCAGUUGAUCCAGUUGAAUCGACUGCGGUACGCGGUGAGGGACCAGCACAUCGCUGAGGGCCUGGUCGAGCCUGACGAGGGCAUUAGGAGGACGAUGAACACCAGGUUAAGCUCCCAGGAAAGAUUCGAGGAUCUGAGGUUGCACUUGGACCGUCGGCUCGCCUGA